UUUCCCUGUUUCUUGAUGUUGUUUACAUGUCUGAAAUUUGCAGUUGGAGAAAAAAAAUCAAAUCUUGCGAUGGCCAAGGGUUCUUUCAAACUAGAGCACCCUUUGGAGAAAAGACAGGCUGAAUCUGCUCGUAUCAGAGAAAAAUAUCCGGAUAGAAUUCCAGUCAUUGUGGAGAAGGCAGAAAGAAGUGAUGUACCUGACAUUGAUAAAAAGAAAUAUUUGGUUCCUGCUGAUCUGACUGUGGGGCAGUUUGUUUAUGUGGUUCGGAAGAGGAUCAAACUGAGUGCUGAGAGAGCUAUUUUCAUCUUUGUCAAGGACGUGCUGCCUCCGACUGCUUCUUUGUUAUCGGCAAUCUAUGAUGAAUACAAGGACGAGGAUGGGUUUCUCUACAUGACUUAUAGUGGUGAGAACACCUUUGGCUUUAAUGAAGGGCAGUAAAUAUAUUUCUUCUGAAAUCAUUUCAAUUGUAAAUUUAUCUUCAGUCCAUUACUUUUUAACUGAUAUGUUCAUCAAACUUGCCUGCACAUUACCUUGUUGAAGAAAUCUCUGUUUAUAUUACUCCA